AUGCCUUGCAGUCGCGUUCGUACCAAGACGGUCAAGAAGGCUUCUAAGGUCAUCAUCGAGAAGUACUACACUCGUAUGACCAAUGACUUCCACACUAACAAGAGAAUCUGUGAUGAAGUUGCCGUCAUCGGAUCCAAGAAGCUCAGAAACAGAAUUGCUGGAUACAUCACCCAUCUUAUGAAGCGUAUUGAGCAAGGACCAGUCCGCGGUAUCUCCAUUAAGCUUCAAGAAGAGGAGCGUGAGCGAAGAGAUAACUACAUGCCAGAGAUCUCUAUCGUUGAUCCAACCCAAAUUGGAAUCCUUAAGGUUGACCCAACCACCAAGUCUAUGCUUGACAAAUUGGACAUCGCUCUUCCAAAUGUUAUUGUUGAUGACCAAAAGGCCGUCAAGAAAUUCUAA